AUGGCCAACGCUCUCAGGCGAAACAUCCAACGCCUCCUUACAGCAGGAGGUGACAUGGCCAUCCCAAUUCUCGUAACGAUUAAUGCUGCAUCGGAUGUAUGCCCCCCCUUAAAAAGUGCCACUAAUUGUGCACUUUUCAUCUUCGAGGAGGUCCAAAAGUUCAAAUCAGACACAAGAGAAUGGACGGAAUUUGGGAAAUGUGUGGUUGUUGUUGUAGCAGAUGUCCUGGCAGCCAUCGAGUCCUAUGACGCUUCAACUGAAGAGGCAAAGCCUUGGCUAGAGAACGUCAAGAAGCUGGAUGCGUGCCAUCGGUCUUCGGUCGCUUGGCUGCCCCAUUUACGUGACACUCGACAGCGCUCUAAAACCGAAAUCGAACCAAUCUUCGGAAAAAUGAGGGGGGCGAUUGAUGGCCUUAAGAAAGUCCUCGACAAAGCUUUAGCAGUAACCCUUCCUCCAUCGUUCUCAACAUUAACGACAGGCGCCAAACUAACAGACAUAGCAAAUAGCCAAGACCGUUUGAAUCGCUGGCUAGAGAGCGAUUCAGUUCUGAGUAAACCGCAAUACCCAACCGUCGCCCACCACGACCCAGCGGCAGCGUGUCAGGAAGGCACCAGAACGGAUCUUAUCGGGCGUAUCAUGACCUGGUGUCGCGACAUGGAGGGCAGCGCGGAUCGGGUGAUGCUGCUGACCGCAGUGGCCGGUGCAGGAAAGACAUCCAUCGCGCAUUCAAUCGCAGAGAAGUGUGCGAGCAAAGGGUCACUGUUAUUGACCUUCUUUUUCAAGGCAGGGGAGCAACCACGACCAGGUCACCUAUUCAGCGGCAUGGCUCGAUCCCUACCUGUUAUCAGCCGGCAGGUGUUUGAGCGCGAUAUCAAGUCGAUAGUUAGAUAUCGUGCUCUGGCCAAGUCAUGGACCCUUAUGUACCUAUUUGGGUGGCCAGCCAGAACAAAAGAGUACAAAGUGGCGCACAACAUGAAGUUAAGAGAAGUCCUUUCCGCUGCCUGA